AUGUCUCUCGCUGUUAUCGUCGUCUCGCUCCUCUUGCUCCGCGGCGCAUCGCAGCCGUCCGUCAUGGCGCAGAUGCCCGACGUCAUGCCACGUGGGCAGAUCGGCGGCGAGGCGGGUAUCGAGCGAGCCAUGUCUCUUUUCCGCGUGAGUUCUCGCUCCCUCGCUCGCUCCCGUGUGCGUGUCCGAUGCGGGCAAUCUACCGCUGACGCGUGUGGUGCAGUGGGACCUGUGGUGCGCAGGUCCGAUGCGGACAAUCUACCGCUGACGCGAGUGGCACAGCGGGACCUGUGGGAGCACCAGCUGCUUCCCCCGCCUCCUCCCAAUCUCUCUCUCCCCACGGCUCUCCCCACCUCCCCUCGCGCCUGCCUUCCCCCCAACCAACCAGGUGCGCGGAUCGGAUGCAGACAAUCUACCGCUGACGCGGGUGGUGCAGAGGGAUCUGUGGGAGCACCAGCUGUUCCACGGCAGCUGCGACGGCAGGCGCCUGCUCGUCGUGCCGUGGCCCACCAAGACCCACCACGGCGUGGGGUCACAG